CUACAGAAUGAUGAAGUUGCAUUUAGGAAAUUCAAGCUAAUUACCGAGGAUGUGCAGGGCAAAAACUGUCUGACUAACUUCCAUGGCAUGGAUCUUACCCGGGACAAAAUGUGUUCCAUGGUCAAGAAGUGGUAGACCAUGAUUGAAGCUCAUGUGGAUGUCAAGACAACUGAUGGUUAUUUGCUCCGUCUGUUCUGUGUUGGUUUCACUAAAAAACGCAACAACCAGAUACGCAAGACCUCUUAUGCACAGCACCAGCAGGUCCGCCAGAUCUGGAAGAAGAUGAUGGAAAUCAUGACCCGAGAAGUGCAGACAAAUGACUUGAAGGAAGUGGUUAAUAAACUGAUUCCAGACAGCAUUGGGAAAGACAGAGAAAAGGCUUGCCAGUCCAUUUAUCCUCUUCAUGACGUCUUCGUUAGAAAAGUAAAAAUGCUGAAGAAACCCAAGUUUGAACUGGGAAAACUCAUGGAGCUCCGUGGUGAAGGUGGUGGUUCUGGAAAAGCUACUGGUGAUGAGACAGGUGCUAAAGUUGAACGAGCUGAUGGAUAUGAACCACCAGUCCAAGAAUCUGUUUGAGAUCCAGAUUUUUAAUAGUGACAAAUAAAAGCCUUAUUUGUGAAAAA